AUGCUUGAAUUACAAUUAAAUCGUGUUGAUUAUCUCAAAACAAUCUCAUCUGUAACACAGAAAUGUAUGCGAUUAUUACCUCGGGAUAAUGUUAAAAAAGACACUCAAAAAAUUGCAAUAGGUGAAAGUAAUGGUACUGUUCAAUUAUUUACUGUUCGAAAGAAAGAAACUACUGCUCUUUUUAAAACUACUCCUGGAAAACGUAUUUGUCGAGUAGAACUGGGUGGUCGAUUAGGUGAAAUAUCUGAUCGAAUAUUUGUGGCAUCAGAAAAUGAAGUAAAAGGUUUUUCAAAAAAAGGUAAACAAUUCUAUACAUUUGAUACAAAUGUCAAUGAUAUGAUUCGAUGCAUGAGUAUACUUGGUUCAAGUCUUUAUACAUGUACAGAAACAACAUAUACACAUUAUGUUGAAUCAAAAGAAGUGGAUACAUUAACAUUCGCAGCAAAAUUAAAUGAUAUUGUGGUUUUGCCACUUCCAAUUCAAUCAAUGCCUGUUGUUGCUUGUCAAGAUCGAUUAUUACGACCAUUGCAUAAAUCAUCGGUAUUAUAUGAUGCUGAAGUCCCUGGCAUUCCUACGACUUUAGUUCUUUCAAAUAAAACUGGAGGUCCAACAAAAAGUGAAAUUGUAUAUGGAACAUCAGAUGGUCGUCUUGGUCAAGUUGAGAUUGGCAGUAUUUCAGCAAGUACAAAAUGGGAAAUAGCUAAUCCAAAACAUUUAUCGGGUAUAAGUGCAAUUGAUUUUUUUGAUAUAUUAGCUGAUGGUGUGCCCGAUAUGAUUGUUGCACGUGAAGAUGGUACUGUUGAAGUAUUUAAUUUUGAAACAACUGAUGAACCUGUUCUAAAAUAUACUUAUAAUGGUACUGAAAGUAUAACUAAUAUUGAAGGUGGAGUUGUUGGUAAUCCAAAUUAUGAUGAAUUAAUAUGUUGUACAUAUCAAGGUUGGUUGUUUGGUUUAACUUCUCAACCAUUACAAAAUGAAUUAGGUGGUGAAGUUGUUAUGGUUCAAAAUGAUGAACUUAAAGGUCGAAUAGAUGAUCUGAAAAAUGAAGUUGAUGAAUUGCAAAGAAGAUUAACAAAAGAACGUGAACGUUAUCAAACUUUAAUUCAAACUGAUUCACGUGCAAUAUCAACAAUACGUGAAUUUCGUGUUAAUGAUCGAUUUCAAUUAAAUCGUGAUGAUGCAACAUAUAAUUUAAUAAUUGAAAGUGAAAUACCAAUUGAUAAUAUUAUUUUACAAUGUGAUGUUAUACUGGAUGUACUUGAUGUAGAAAAAAAUUCAGCUGUUAUGAGUUUUAGUGAUUGUGAUCCAAAAGAUAAUAAUGCUGUACUGGUUACUUAUCGUUGUCAAAUGAAUACUACACGUUUAGAGAUGCAUGUACGAACAAUAGAAGGUCAUUAUGGUACAUUACAAUUAUAUAUAACAUCAAAAAUUCAACCACGAUGUUCAAUGCUUCGACGACAUACAAUUAAGCCAUUAUCAUUACAUCAAAGAAGUUCAACUGCAAUUGAUCCAAACAAACGAAUGAAUGUAAUGAAAAUAACUGGUUCAUUUAGUUAUGCAGAAAUUCAUUCAUGGAUACAAUUUUGUCUUGCUGAUGUUCCAGAUCGACCACCAGUCGAUAAAGAAAAUCGAUUAAUUUACACAAAUAUAUUUUUACAAACACAAUUAGAAUGUGUAUACAAACAAGAUGAAGCUGUAUUUCGUUCAGAAAAUGUUUCAACUAUAUCAAUACUUAAAGAUGUAAUGAGUAAAAAAGCUACAGAAAAAAAAAUUACUCUAAAUAUUUCUUAUGAACUAAGUAAUGAAACAAUAGCAUCAACACUUGCUCAAAUCCUUCCCAUGAUUUCCUAUUAUAAAACAUUAACAGAUCAAUAUAAUUUAAUUGAUCCAUUAAAAGAAUUAGUUAUGGAUGGAUCCACUGAUGAAAUUUUAACACCUGAACAUCGAAAAGUACUUGACAAUGCAGAUUCUAUCCGUGAACAUUAUAAACAAACACCAGUGCAUCUCAAUCGUUUAUGUAGUAUGGUUGCUGAUUUAUUUAUUGACAAACAUAAAUUUGAAGGUACAAAUGUUAAAGCAAAACUUCCAAUUUUAUUCGACAAACUUAAUACAACAUUUACUCAACCACAAGUUUUUAUUGACUUUUUUAAUUCAUUAUAA